GCCCCUAACAAAGAAGGGGCUUUAUCCGUAAUUCCUUAAAGAUUCGUGCCUCUUUUAGUUAUAUUCGAUUUUCGGAUAACCUUCUUCUAACAAAAACCAAACCCUAGUUUUGGUCAUCGUCAAAUCGCCGCCGCCUCUUUCCAUUCUCACCUUUUUAUUCUUUUUCCCCUUCAUCCUUCUCUAUCCAACGCUCCGAUCUGUUUUUCUUUAUUAGAUCUGUUUCUGUCUCCUCUUCCUCUUCACAUCCAUCCCAAUUUUUCCCGUUUUACUCUUCUUUUUACGUUUUUCGUCGUACCUCUUCAUCGAAUCCCCGAUCCUUGGGGGUAAUCGGAGAUCUGUUGUUUCCGAUUCCGGUUCUGGUUUUGGUUUUUUGUUUUUGAUUUUUUUUAAAUUUUUGUAAAUUAUUUUCAAUCAUUUGACGGACUUAGAUCUGGAAUUUCUUUUUGUUCUUUUCCUGGGGUCGUUUAUUCCAUCAAUUUAUCGUAAAUCGCUGCUCUCGAUUUCUUUGAUUUUGUGAUUCUGGUGCAUAAGCGAAAUCUAGGGUUAGGGUUUCUGCGUUUUAGGGAUUUUAUUUUAUUUUGACGAAAAUAAAUUGGGGUUAAUUCAAUUUUCUUGGAAUAAUCGCAAUUCUUCGGCCAAUUACCUGUAUACCCGAGCUCCGUUUGUCUGAAUCGUCCGUUGAUACGACGACUGUUUUAGAGAUCACAAUUGGUGGUACUUCCAAAAUGGUGCAGAAACAGCCUUUCGAUGAUGGAGAGCCACUGGAGAUCUCUUCCAAGCGCUUGAAACAAGUGGUUGAACAGAGCAAUCAAAUACUGUCAUUUUCAGAAUCUGUUAUCCCUGAAGAUUCUCUACAAUAUCAUUAUGCUCUAGGGGAUGAAUUUCAAAAGAACGAUACAGAAAGUGAUGAAAAGCAUUCAAGUGGAGUUUUCUCAGAGCCUCAUGGAAGCAGUGAUGACUUCGAUACUAGUGUUCCUCAUUGCUUAUCCUUCUCCUCUGGCACGAACAACAAUAAGACCCUUGAAGAGGGUUCCCCAUCUAAAUCUCCUCCACAUUAUUCUAUUUCCUCAGAAUUUUUUAACCCUGUAAAUCAUCAGCGAAGAAUACUGACGUACUGUGAAGAAAUAUAUUCUCUACUGUUAGACCAUGCUCCUCAAAAAUCUGUUUCCAUUGGUCCCGAGCAUCAAGCUAUUGUUCCACCGUGGAGACCACGGGAGGCGCCUGGGUCAGAUUCGAAGUCUAAUUUUACAGGUGACGAAUAUGAGAAGAGGUUGACUGGUACAUGCAUUAUUCCAAUGCCAGACCUGGAUUCAUCCAUCAGUAGUGGUCAAGAAGUUGGGAGUGGAAGAGCAGCUUGCAGCUGUGAGGAUUCUGGGUCUGUUGGAUGUGUUAGUACGCACAUUGCAGAAGCAAGAGAGCAGCUUAAAAGUUCUGUUGGACCAGAUAGGUUUGCGGAUCUUGGGUUUUCUGAAAUGGGAGAGCAACUAGCGCAGAAAUGGAGUGAAGAAGAAGAACGGUUGUUUUAUGAGGUUGUCUUUUCCAAUCCAGUUUCACUGGGGAAAAACUUCUGGAGCGAUCUUUCUGUUGUGUUUGCUUCCAAAUCUAAAAAGGAGAUUGUUAGCUAUUACUUCAACGUCUUUAUGCUUCGAAGGCGAGCAGAGCAGAACAGAUGUGACUCAUUAAACAUUGAUAGUGACAAUGAUGAGUGGCCAGGAUCUGAUGAUUAUGGUGAUAAUGAACCUGGAAUGACAGAAGAGGAUGAUGACUCUGUUGUUGAAUCACCACUACAUGAUGUUGGAUCUUGUUUUGAUCGUAGCAGGGAAGAUGAAUUGCAAGAGUAUGACGAGGAUAUUGCUGAUGAAAGAUUUGAUGAUAAUGAAAGUGGGGGAAUUGGUAAUUGUUUUAAUAAUUGUGGCUCCAGUCCCACGCUUCAGGACAAAAUUCCCCACGAUGAAAGGGGAGGAGAACACGAAGUUCAAGACGAUUCUUGUACAUCAUCUGACACAUUUCCAGCAACCCAAGAACUUCCAGCCAAGACGGAGCAUUGCGAUCAAUGGCUAAGUAGCUUUACGGGGCCAAACAAUAGCGUUGGUCUUGGUCAUGAGCCAUCAUCAGUUCAGGAGCAUUGUGAUGCUAAAGUGUGGGACGUUGGAUACUUGACUUGUUCCAAAAGUGAAGUUGACUUCUUGCCAACCAGCAGUAUGAUUGAAGAAGUUUUCGGAGACGAUUCAAGUAACUACAAGGCAAGGGAUGGGAAGAACUUGAGUUAGUUGCAGCUCGAGUUAUCAUAACCAUGAAUGGUAAAUUGAAAUGGGAAAAAAAUUCCUUUCUUUUUACUCUCAUGAGGGUCAAUCACCCAAAAUUUUUCUCCUGCAUAUAAAUAGCGGAUAGGAAGAGUUGCAAUUUUACUUUUUCAUCAAGCCAAGAUGUGGCUACAUUCCCUGUAAGGAGAGAUGGUAUAGUUGAAACGCAAUUGGUUUUCCUCCAAGAAUGUCAUCUCUUGAUCAUAAAUGAAAAGUAAUUGGACUCA